AUACACACAUCACAUAGUUUCCAUUCCAACUUCAUCACAAACACACUAUACAACGUUGGUGUUUGAAAAAACCAAAUGAUGAAUCUGGAAGCUACAACUCUAGAAUCAGAUAUCGCUCUUCUUGAAUCGAUUCAACGCUACCUCAUCGAUGACCAUGAUGACUUCAACGCAAUCUUCGCCGCAUCUUACGGCGUCGCUCCGUCUUCCCCCGCCGACAGCGGCAGUAGUGAGUCAAUGUCAACAACAACGACUUUUCAAUGUAACGCCGAAAACUCUACUUCGAAGGCGCGUGAGACUCACGCGGCUCCUUGUUGGCAGAAAUACAAGGGAGUGAGGCGUAGGCCGUGGGGAAAGUUUGCGGCUGAAAUUAGAGAUUCGAAUAAAAACGGCGCAAGGGUGUGGCUUGGGACUUAUGACUUGGCUGAGGAUGCGGCUUUGGCUUAUGACCGAGCUGCUUUCAAGAUGCGCGGCUCAAAAGCUAAGGUCAAUUUUCCGCAUCUGAUUGGCUCUUCUUCUGAUGUUUCGGAGCCGACAGGUAAGCGGCGUGCGCUGGAGCCGUCUUCUUCCUUGCGGUUGGGUUUGGAGCCGAAUAGGAAAAUGAGCCGAGUCAAUGAAGUUCACACCUCGUAGAAAUGGGAUGAUAUACCUCAAUAAGCAAUAAUUUUGUGGGAUCAUUCUAUCAAUUUAUUUGUUUUUCUAUUGUAAAUUAUUUAUAAUUUAAUUUUAUCAAUUAAUAUUUAUUUGCUCCCAA